AUGACAGCAGAACAGAAUCCAGAAGACGAGAAAUAUCUAGAAAGUCUGAAAAACCUUCUCAAAGUCAGCGAGGAGCACGAGACAAAUCAACAGACGAAUGAAGAAGUCGACGAAGAUGACGUGGAAACCGAAGAAUCAGAUAUUCAACCAACGAUUCCACCAGAGCAUCAGAUAGAACCGGCUGAAAGGAUUGAGCCACUUCAAUCGAUGGUCGAUCCGGAUUAUGUUCGAAAAGUGAUUCGAACGAUGGACACAAUGAGUACGGAUCAGUUGAGACAGGCGCUACAGAGAAUCAAAGUUUCAACGGGAGGAAACAAAAAGACGCUUCGCAAGCGAGUGGCACAAUACUAUCGAAAGGAAAAUGCACUGUUGAAUCGGAAAUUGGAGCCGAAUUCUGAUAAAACUCUGCGUUAUUUCGAUUACUUAAUUGCCAUUGAUUUCGAAUGUACAUGUGUCGAAAUCAUCUACGAUUACCCUCAUGAAAUCAUUGAACUGCCAGCUGUCCUGAUUGAUGUUCGAGAGAUGAAAAUUAUCAGCGAGUUUCGAUCAUACGUCCGGCCAGUAAAAAAUCCAAAACUGAGCGAUUUCUGUAUCCAGUUCACCAAAAUCGCUCAAGAAACUGUCGACGAAGCACCAUACUUCCGCGAGGCGCUUGAAAAAUUGAUGCAAUGGAUGAGAAAGUUUGGACUAGGAGAGAAGAAUACAAGAUUUGCUUUUGUGACGGAUGGACCUCACGAUAUGUGGAAAUUCAUGCAAUUUCAAUGCAUUCUAUCCAAUAUCCGAAUGCCACACAUGUUCCGAAACUUUAUUAAUAUCAAGAAGACGUUCAAGGAGAAAUUCAACGGAUUGAUGAAAGGAAACGGAAAGUCUGGAAUCGAAAAUAUGUUGGAGCGUCUUGAUCUCACAUUCAUCGGAAACAAACACAGCGGACUGGAUGAUGCUCGGAACAUUGCUCAAAUCGCAAUUCAAAUGAUGAAGCUGAAAAUUGAGUUGAGAAUCAAUCAAAAGUGCUCGUGGGUGGAGCCAAAGAAUCAGAUCAUAAAAGAUGACGAUGAUCUUGACGACAACGUGGAUACAAUCGAUGUCUCUAGACGUGAUUUUCAACUCUGGCUGCGUCGUCUACCCCUAAAGCUGUCGAGUGUAACGCGUCGAGAAUUCCUGAGCGAGGAGUAUCUGGAUUGUGAAUCUUGUGAUGAUAUGACAGAUGAUAAGCACGAUCGCCAAUCGUUCGCCGAGAAGAUGACGAUUCGUCAGCAAAUCGAAGCACUGGAUGAGGAGGAACGGGAGAAAAUGAAGAAUGAGCCACCGAUCGUCCGCAAUGGACCGCCCAAACCUGUUCCUCCACCGCCUGCCACAACUACACAAGAAAAUGAUGAUUCGGAGAAUGACGAAGAGUUCCUUAGAGAUUAUCAGCGGCAGGUGGAGUUGUUAGAUAUGGAGGAAUCCCUAGACGCUAUCUCUAAUUCGAAUGGGAUUGAGCUGGAGGAGGUGUGGGAGUGUGCCGGAUCGGAGAUGGCUGCAGAAUCUGUGUCACUCGACAACUUGGCGUAUUCCUCAUCAGAAUCGCUUUCCCUUGAACAGUUCCAAUAUCCCACAUCACAAAAUUCAACACAUCCGCCGACACCGGAAACAGAUGUAAUGAUGAAUUCGGACUCGAUAGAAAGUAUGGAGUUGAUGGCUCCACCACCCAAGAAUUCGUUGGCAUCGACAAAUCGGAAUAAUAGCCGAAAUUACUAG